AGGAACUGGGAGGAACUGGGAGGAGCCUGGAGGAGGCGGAGGAACAGGGAGGAGUCAGGACCCGGCGCAGGCGCUGAGUAGAGGAGAGCUGCUCACCGGGGCCUGGAGGUGUCCCAUCCGCUGCCGCCCUGGCGCUGCGCUGCAUGGAUGGCGUUUUCCUCUCCCCAAACGAGGAUGAGUUCGUGGGAAGGAUCGCGGAGGAGCUGGAGCACUUCAUGGUGCAGGGGCAGCACCGCAGAGUGCUCCUGUUCCCUCCUCUGUCCAGUCGCCUCAGGUACCUGAUCCAUCGGACGGUGGACAACGUGGAUUUGCUGAGUAGCUUUUCGGUGGGAGAAGGAUGGAGGAGGAGGACGGUCGUCUGUCACUCGGCUGUAAGGCUGCCCAGUGAGACCAGCGACCAAAAACCCAGCAGCAACGCCCCGAGACCACAGCGACCUCCGCAGCCGUGGGGCCGGGGUGGCCGAGGUGCCAGGCUGUGGCACGGCGGGGAGACGCACAGCGACAACUCUCGAGCUUGCGUGGGGUCUGGCAGGAUAAAAAGACCUCCCCGGAAGAAACCAGAUAAAGCUCUUUACGUCCCCAAAGCGAUGCGCAGGAGGGCAGAGUGGGGAGAGCAGGUGGUUGGGGGCACCGAGGCUGGUGGGGAUGUGACACAAGAAGGAAAGAUCUGUCCAAAAGCUUCGGUCGGGGACGCUCAGGAGUCUGAAGGCAGCCCAGGUGAUGUCUCCUUGGCCCUUGGCAAGCAACAGGAGCCUGGUGAAGGAAGAAGUCAUGAUGGAUGUCCUCCAUGCUAUAUGGAUGUCCCAUCUUCAGGGAACAGUAAUGAUUUCUCUGGGCAGGAAAGUCAGGAUAAAAGCUGUUCAGAUUCCCUUCCUUCUGUGCACAAUAAAUCUCCGAUUGAAGCAGAAGAGCAAGAUCAGAGCUGUGAGAACACUGUUAGAGCUGAAGGUAGCAAAGCCCUGUGCCAACUGCAAGCUGAAGACCAAAAGAGCGUGGCUGCUGGUGGAGAGGAGGGCAGCAAAAACUCCUCCGUAUCAGAAAGCCUCAGCGGCAGCUGCUGUACGGACCCGGCUGGAGCGAAGCCAAGCGUGGUGUUGCUGGGGCUGGAAGAUCAAGAUAAGAGCCUGGAGUGCGGCAGAAACAUGUCACCGCCUGAAGAACAGGGCAAGGACUUUGGGAAUGAAGAGGGAGGUGAGAGUUUCUCCAAAGUGGAAAACCAAUAUCAAGAGUGCUCCAGUGCGGAACGUAACCAGAACCCUCCAGGAGCCCCAAAUGAGCAUCUUUCUGUGCCUGAGUCAGUCUGUGGUGUCAACCCAUCGUCUGCUGAGGACCACGAUGAACGUGGGGUGGAUGCUCCCACGCAGAGCCUCAGCAGGAAGGUGCCCAUGGCAGAAGGGGAGAACAAGGAGCCUUCGGGCUUGGCCAACGCGCUCUGGCAUGAGCUGCAUUUGUCUGCAGGCGAUAAAGAGGAGAGCGCGGCCGUCUGUGGGCAGAGCAGCCUGGAGGACGAGUGUCCCGCGGAGCUCUUCGCAGAGAUCGUGGGUCAUUUAACCGUGAAGGACAUAAGCAUUGAGAAGAUCAGCUUUGAUUUUUCCAGCUAUGGAGAUGCACAGCUCAGCGAGGGGGAUUUUGGCCAUGUAACUGAAAUCUAUGACUUCUCCCCAACGCUGAAGACGGAGCAGCUCCUAGAAGUGUUCUCCGAUUUCCACGAGAGUGGGUUCAAAAUCCAGUGGGUCGAUGAUACGCACGCUCUGGGAAUCUUCUCCAGCUCUUCCACAGCAUCUCAAGCCCUGGGGCGCCGGUACCCUUCUUUAAAGAUCCGACCGUUGAUCCAUGCAACAAAGCAGUCGAAGAUCAAGGCGCUGCAGCGACCAAAUCUCCUUCACCUGGCGAAAGAAAGACCCCAGACGGACACGGCCGUGGCAAAGAGGUUGGUGUCCCGGGCGCUGGGCUUGAAGAACAAGCAACAGGAUGGCUCAGGCACCGAAGUACUGCUGCCAGAAGGCUUGGACCAGGAGGAAUAAACCAGCUGGGCUAAAAACGCUGUAUAGAGGAGCGUGGCUGUGAUAUUAAACCGCAUGCAGAACAGUGAGGCACCACGGGGAUGUUGUGUUCUUGGAUUAGCACCGUUCUUUCCUUUCUAAAGUUGGGAAAGGUAAAAGUUUGCUGUUAAUCAGAUGAGGAGCUCAAGAGCCCAGCCCUCUGCGGGGCGCUGUUAGCUCUUCGGUAUGGAGAGCAUCUCGCUCGACUCACUGGGGUGCUUGCCGAAAGGCUGCUUACAGAGAAGCCUCCUCUAUACAGGUUAAAAAUUGCAUUACAGUAAGAGAAUCGUAGCUUGUUGGCCAGCUGUAAGCAAGAGCAGAGCGUCUGCAGGAGUCAAAAAAAAAUCCGUUUAAUGUUUACUUUGUUGUAAUGUUGUUAAAAUACCCAAAAGUCCUGACUAGCAUUGAAUUCGAGUGAGAUUCAGGUUGGGUUUUUUUUUCCUUAUUUCCAUGGCGUUUAAAAAGCCUGACUGGCUUCGUUGCUCUGUUAAGCAAGGAAUGUUGCAUUCUAUUAAGUAGGAAAAGAAAAGCAAGACUUGGCCAGGUUUGAUUUGCCCGGAGAUGCUGCAGGACAUUGUGUUGUGGCAGCAGUAGGAGAGCAUCCGACACCUUUCAGCCUCUGCUUUUGCUCCACAGCCCGGCAUCCCAAGA